UCACAAGAGGAGUCUUUGCAGUCCUUGUUCAACUCUUGCAGAGUUAAUGUCCACAAAGCUCUCUGCGACAACAUUGACACAAGAAGGGCUUUGGAUCACAUACGAGACGUCAUUACAGAGGCCAAUAAAUACAUGAAUAACAGUGUUAAGGUAAACUCUCAAUUAUUAAUAAACAUCAACAGCUUUGUAGGAAAAUUGAUGAAUAUCUUUGGUGUUCCUGUUGGAGACAGAGGUGCUUCUGGAGGCCAGGGGUCAGAAAAGUUAAUUGCUGUAGCAGAAGUGGUUGCCAAUAUCCGAGAGCAGCUGCGACAGUGGGCUCGCGAUAAGGAAAAGGAUGUUAAGGAGCUUCAGAGACAGCUGCUAGGACUGUGUGACAACAUCAGAGAUGACUUCCUGCCACCCCUUGGAAUCAGAUUGGAGGAUAGAGAAGGGG